AUGCCACCCAAGCAGGUACCAACGCUCCCCGUGAUCAAGAUCGUCUUUGAUGCCAACCCGCCUCGUCCCGUCAGGCGGGAACCAGCUCAACCGCGACCGCUUAGCUCCUCGAGAUCGACAUGGAACGCCAGCAUUUGCGAUUGUUGCUGCUCCGUAGCUCCGACAUAUUGCUGUGUUGUCACGUGCUGUCCUUGCACUACUAUCGCAUCAGUGAAGGAAAGCUUAAGUGGAGGCUACGAGAGGACUUUGCUGUAUUUCGGCGGACUAGCGCUUGGAUUUCUAAUAUCCGUCGGAUUCGCAGCUUCGAACAGCUCUGACAAGUCUACAGACGUCCCAGUCGCCUUUGCCGCGUUAUUUUUGAUCACGUUCCUGCUUGGUGUAUGGCGGCUGCGUACGCAGACGCGCCACAGUCUUGGCAUCCAAGGGUCGCAAUUAAACGACUGUCUCUCCAGCUUCUGCUGCUGCUUUUGCGUUAUCUCGCAACUUCAUCUCGAACUCAAAUGUCAGCACAGCGAACCGGCAACGCCAAGUCGACAAACGCGACGAGGUCAAGACAGCAACUUGACAUCAGUCGACACGCUAGCGCCUUACGCAGUCAUGUAG